UACGCUGAUGCUCAUACAUUUGUUGGUGGUGUUUGACUGUGAUCCUUGCUUCAGUCAGCGGCGGGGCCAAACGGGUCGCAGGCGAUGGCGGAGUUCAUCGGCAGCGCUGUCCCGAACGGCGUGGCGAGCUUCAUCAACGUGGGACACUCCGCGGCGCUCGGCUCCAUCGGCGACGUGACGGGCUUCGGGCAAGACCAGCAGUUCACGGCCGUGCAGAUGCUGUUCAGGAGCUACGAGGCGGCCGAGCCCAUCACGAGGCUGGGGCUGAACGGCAGCUACGAGUUCGGGUACUCGGCGGCCGCGAUGACCGGCGCCGGAUCGGUGCCAAGCCUCAGCAUGCUCGGCGGCUCGCCGUUCCUGAAGCCCGGCAUCGCCGGCAGCAACGAGAGGGGCGGCGCCGGCCAGUAGCCGACCGGCUGCUCUCUGUCAGGCCAGGCUGCUGACAGAAAAGAUCCAUCAAGGUGUAUGUUGAAGACCUAUGGGGCCGUGGAACGACCUGAAUUAGUAUCUAUCUUGAUUUUGAUCUUGUUCACCGGAGUGUUAAUCGAUUUGCUAGUCUAUUUGGCAUGAAUGCAUAUGUUUAUGGGCUGGAUAAUUCUCAUGAACUGAAGGGGGCUAGGUGAAAAGUGCCAUGAGCUGGCCCGCCCUGUCCAGUUGGCACGCUGCUAUUGGCCGGUGGUAACUUUGGACUGGGUUUGCAUAUUGGAUGCAAGUUCUGCGACUGGGUAGGGUCAGUUUUCAAGUUAUAGGAUUCAACCAUCACAUUGUAUGCAAGUUGUAGUACCCUCGUGCUAUUACCUACUUCAGAAUCCUUAA